UGUCAAUCAGUUCCUGGCACAGCGUAAAAAUCCCAACGGCUGUCCUAUCAAAAUGACAUACUUUACCUCCCUCAACUACACUAACUAUACGCUUGUCACGGAUUGGUUUGUAGCUGGCAAUGAAAUUGCUGACCAUACUAUGACUCAUGUCGGUACUCCACCAGUGGAAGAAAUCAACGGCAACCUCAUUGCUUUGAAUGCACUCGCUGGUAUCCCGUUAACGUCUAUCAAAGGCUUCCGUGCUCCCUACCUUAAUUACAGCGCAGAGACUCUUCAAUUACUUGCUGCAUCCGAGUUCACCUACGACUCUUCGUCUGCGGCAUCCAUACCUGUCACAGACUCUGGCACGGACGCAUGGUGGCCAUACACUCUUGACAAUGGUUUUGCAAAUGACUGCUUGUCCGUCGAAGGUUUAUGCAAAGGCGAACCCAAACUUCCUGGAUUUUGGGAGAUACCGAUGUAUGCGUUCUUCGAUGAUUUGGGGAUAAACGGACCACACUUGAUGGACCCGUGGCUUGAUGCAGCGAACGGUGGAAGCACGGUUAAUGACACGGCCACGUUCAAUUAUAUGAAGAGCACGUUCACUGCGCACUACAAUGGCAACCGUCAACCUAUUGGGCUUUAUACGCAUCCUAUUCAUCUUUCUACGACCUACCCUGGUGUCAACCCCCCCAACUCGACUAUCCAGAUGAUAAAUGCAUUCCUUGAUUGGGCGCAAGAGCAGCAGAAUGUCUGGAUAGUAUCUAACGAGCAACUACUUGCUUGGGUACAGAACCCUGUUCCCGUCUCUCAACUCAGCUCUGUCGACGCUCUCAAGUGCCCUACACCUUCCGUAGACGCGUCGAAGAAAAUUUGCAAUGGAAUGCCUCAGAAUGAGGCGGGUCUGUUGAGUCAUUGCGAUUUCUCCGACUUCCCGUUCUAUACUUGUUACGGAUGUCCAGAGGUUGAGGUUUCUCCUGGUAACCCUAAUCCUCCUCAGCAAGUUCCACAGGGUCAGCAAGCUCGAUACAGACUUCCUGCAAACUGCUCGACGCCUUUUUGGGAUCCUAUUGCCGGACAAUGUAGCUGCACCUCGUCGACAUGUGCAUUCACAGACAACUCGAGGCCCAUAGGACCAAAUGGUGCAAAUCUCACAGGGGGUGGCACUGGCGGCGGUUUCGGGUCUAGCUCUGGGCCAUCUGCAACUCCUACGUACGAUCCCUUUAAUGGUAAUGGUGGCGUUGGCCUGGGCAUUCCUGGGGCGGCCAUCUUGGGGGGGAUUGUGACCGUGGUUGUAGGAGGGCUAAUUGGAGGAGCUGUUGUCGGAUUCUAAUCGACCUAGGCCACUAGGAAAGGCGAAGUGUUGAUUUAACGGUGAUAUAAAUUGGAUAUUCGAACAGACUUCAUCUCUUUAUUUCCUAUUCACGUCUAACUGGUAUCCUUGGCCUGUUCGCAUUUGAUUGGACAAUAUGGUGUUGGUUUUAGCUGAAUCCGACCUUCUGAUCUUGACCCAGUUCAAACUCAUAGACAGUUCCAUACUUAUCUUAUCUGCAAUUUUGCUUAUGGAUUAUUGGUCAUUACUCGUUUAAUUGCAUUUUUCUUUCGAAGUAGCCUUUUUAUUCACGAACUAUAGUGAUCAUGGAUAUUUGCUUUUGUGGACUUUGCUAUUUCUCGAUAAGACGAGGACAUCAAUAAAUUAGGCAUAAUGUGAUUGUGAAAUGGACUGUUAUUGCCUU